AUGAAAUUAGGAGACACUCUAUUUGAACUACUAUCUGAGGCUAUUGGUCUUGAACCAAACCACCUCAAGGAUAUGGGUUGUUCCGAGGGGCUUAUGGCGUUAGGCCAUUAUUAUCCAGUAUGCCCACAACCCGAACUUACUCUAGGAACCCAUAAGAAUGCUGAAAAUGACUUCCUCAUCGUGCUUCUCCAAGACAACAGAGGCGGACCUACAUUGAGUGUAGGGGGUGUACGUGCACCCCUUAUUUCAAAUGACAAGUUCAAAAGUGUUGAUCAUAGAGUAUUGGCAAAUAAGGUUGGUCCAAGGGUAUCGUUAGCAUGCUUCUUUAUGACAAAUUUUGUGUCAAGACAAAGGCGAUAUGGACCGAUCAAGGACCUGGUAUCAGAACACAAUCCUCCAAAGUACAGGGAAACGACGAUUAAGGAGUUCACAACUUAUUUCAAUAACAAAGGGCUAAAUGGCACUUACACACUGUUGCAUUUUAGACUUUAG